GAUUUAAGUGUUUGCCAGGUGCCCGGUUUUUAACUGAAACAUCUAGAACAUGAGCUUUAUGUCAAGGAAAGAUAGAAAUAUUCCAGGUGCAUAUUUCCUUGUUUGAAAGAUACGGAAUGCUCUAUAAAUUGUCUUCAGUAAAUAUCUUUAAUUUUAUGUGAACAUACAUACCUUUUUGACAAAUAUACCUGGAGUUUAUAUUGAAGCUAUCUUGCAGUCUUAUGCCAUUAUUAUUUUGUUCACCCAUCCAGUUGGACUACCUUUCACAUGUGUCAUGAUUUUCAUAAAUCUAAAUAUCUCCUGUAACAAAACUGUCUUUUAAGGAGUGAAUGAGUGGAUUUUUUGAUGGCACUAAAACACACAAAGCAAAUACGGAUGGAAAAAUCUAAAGACUAAAAAUGAAUUUACCUCCAUCUUCUGAUCCAUUUAUCUCCAGCAACAUUAGCAUAGCAUAGGUAACACGUGGACUGGGCAUUUGAGAACCACUGUUGUAGCUAUUUCCUACUCAUCCUUCAGUUGUCAUUCCCUCAGAGGAGACUUUCUGGUUCUCCAGACUGGAUUCUGUCCUGCUGGUUACACACUUCAAUGGAACCCUCCACUUUUCCAUGGUGAAAAUUGAUUUGCAAGUGACCAUGCCUCACAGCUACCCCUAUGUAGCAUUGCAGCUGUUUGGACGGUCAUCUGAACUUGACAGACAUCAGCAGCUACUUCUCAACAAAGGUCUCACUUCUUACAUAGGGACUUUUGAUCCAGGUGAGCUCUGUGUAUGUGCAGCAAUCCAGUGGCUACAGGACAACAGUGCAUCUUAUUUCCUGAACAGAAAGCUUGUAUAUGAACCAUCUACACAAGCAAAGCCAGUCAAGAACACAUUCCUCCGAAUGUGGAUCUACAGUCACCAUAUAUAUCAGCAGGACCUAAGGAAAAAGAUUUUGGAUGUUGGGAAAAGGUUAGAUGUGACUGGAUUUUGCAUGACAGGAAAGCCUGGUAUAAUCUGUGUGGAGGGUUUCAAAGAGCACUGUGAGGAGUUCUGGCACACAAUUAGGUACCCCAAUUGGAAGCACAUUUCCUGUAAGCAUGCUGAAAGCGUGGAGACAGAAGGAAAUGGUGAGGACCUGCGCCUUUUCCAUUCUUUUGAAGAAUUACUCCUUGAGGCUCAUGGUGACUAUGGAUUAAGGAAUGACUAUCACAUGAAUCUGGGCCAGUUCUUAGAAUUUCUCAAGAAGCACAAAAGUGAGCAUGUUUUUCAGAUACUAUUUGGUAUUGAAAGCAAAAGUUCAGACUCAUAAAAAGCGAUUAAGAGGCCUAUGCUUGUAAUUUCACUAAGUCAGUAUUUCUGUUAAUAAGACCAAAAUAAAAAGGCUGGUGGCUGUGUAGCAUCCUCAGUGCAAAACUCAGCUCCAGAAUUUUCACCUGGUAAUGAAUUUCAACUGACAGUGAAAUGAAUAGGCCUUUAAACUUUAUAACAGUGCAAUUGUGAUGUUUUCUCCAGGUUCUUGUGUUAAGUCAUUCAAAAACUAUUUCACUGUAAAUUAAUAAAAACAAUCCAUUUAACUUGUGAAGCUGAUUUGAUUGAAGAGGAAUCCAAAGCCCAUAACUAACAUCAAAAGUCAAACUGCAAUUAUGAAUUGAGAAAUAUGAAUAGCAUUUAUUUCACAUUGCUAGCACACAUGUGACACACCCACUUGUCUUUCAUUAUUGGAAAUCUAAAUCAAGUUUAAAAUGAGAACAGGAAGGACAUGUUUACUUCCUUUUUUGAGACGGAGUCUCACUUCGUCGCCAGGCUGGAGUGCAGUGGUGUGAUCUCGGCUCACUGCAUCCUCAGCUUCCCAGGUUCAAGCGAUUCUCCUGCCUCAGCCUCCUAAGUAGCUUGGACUACAGGCGUGCGCCACCACGCCCAGCUAAUUGUUAUAUUUUUAGUAGAGACAGGGUUUCAUCAUGUUGGCCAGGAUGGUCUCGAUCUCUUAACCUCGUGAUCUGCCUGCCUCAGCCUUCCAAAGUGCUCGGAUUACAGGUGUGAGCCACCGCGCCCAGCCCAUUUACUUCAUUUCUUACUUUAAACUCCUGUUUCGAGUGUUUUAGUAAAACUAGAUCCUAAUAGCAGUGGCAAAGGACUCAUAGAAAUGAAGUCCCAGGAGUUAAAAGAUGACGCACAAUGCUAUGUGUUCAGUUAAUGAUACUAGCAAUCCUGAUACCAGUAUUAGUUUAAUUCUUAUCCAGAAAAGAUAAAUUCAUGCUUCCUUGUCUACAAAGUAUUCCUCUGUUUCAAUCCAACCUUUGCCUGCGUGCCAGUAUGCAUUAUUAUACAGGGCAAGAGACUGUUGAGGGGACCAGUGUGGAUAUCUGUAUCAUUACCUUAUUGGGGAAAAAAAAAAUCUAAUUCUACAGUCUGGUGAUGUUACUGCCAUCUCCUCUGAAAAUUCCAAGCUCCACAGGCUUCACCAGGCUUUUCAAAAUGAGAGUUUAUUUUACUGAUUAAAAACCGCUAUUUAAGUAGCUCUUGCCAAACCUUUUCAUUACCAGGUCUCCAUCCCUCCCCAAGUAUUUCUGCGAGUCUCAUGUGCCAAGAGAUGUCUUGAGCAGCCUCUGCAGCUCUCCAUGUUUCCGUAGUCAGCUACUGCUGCCCUUUCCCGGGAGGCAUUCCAUUCUCCUACUGGGUCCCCUCAAGAUGCCAAAGCUGCGUGCUGGGAUUUAGGAACAAAUCCUGUUAGAUGUCAGACAGUGCUGCUUGUGCUGGGGAGCCUACAGAACUUCUGGUGAAACUACCAUCUGGUUUUACCCUCUGUGCCAUGGAUGCAGACGUGUCCUUGGGCUACGGAGAGGACAUGAUGGACCAGGAGGCCCUAUCCCCAGGAGGUCUUAGAACUGGGUCCACUUUGUACUGCCUCUUUCUUCUUAGGUCACAAUGAGUGUCCUCUCAGGGUACAACUCAGAUCUUCAACCCAUGGCUCGCCGUGGGCCUGCCCCGCCAGGUCCUCCAGCUUCUCCAGCUCGCCAUUCAUGUUUCCAUCCUAGCCUUGGUGUGCUGGAACUCAGGCUGGAGCCUGACACUUUGCCAAUAUGCAAAGGGAAGAAAUAGGACUUACAUUGCCAAGGAAUCAUUUCUUAAUGUUUGCCAGCACUAAAAACAACAAAGUGUAGGAAUCUUUUUCCCCCACAGUCUCCACAAAGCUAUCAAUAAUUAUAAUUAGCAUUCACAAGUUUUAGGCCUUCAACAGAUGUAACUCCAUCCAAAUGAAUCAAUAUGUGCCAUCAACCUACCUCAUAGAGGUGUUUUUCCUGAUUACAUGAGCAAAAGUAGCUACAGAAAGAUAAGUGUAAAGAAAAGGGAAUAAAUUCUAGGUUAUGAACUCUACUGCUUCUGGAGCUAUUUCUGAGAUUUUUCAGAACCUACUUUUUUAUAAGUCUAAUUUGAGCAUUCUGCAAUACUUUUUUCCUAUCAGGAAAACUAAUGCAGAUAGUAUUAUGGGGAAGUGUAGGUUUUAUAGAAAAAAAAGUACAUGUAUAAUUCAAAACUCAACUUUGUAUGUAUAGGAGUCUGCUGGUUGUUUGCACAGCCUGAUACGAGCACAUAAUAAAAGUCCAUCAUUCCCCAACCCCCUCCCCCUACACACACAGCUUAUUUUGGGAAACUGCCCCUUCCCUGUGUGAUUUGGGAGGAGAAAGUGAUAGGAAUCAAGUUGUCCUCUGGCAGCCUCCUGGAGAGAUGGCUGUGAGCUCUUGCUGCUUAAACCUCUAGUGCCACCCUCAUUUCUGACCUACUGAAUGCUCAGCUGUUUGGCACUUCCUUUGAAUGACCCAGCAUCUUCCCUUUUGUUGUUGGAAAUCAGAAUCAGUCUCUAUUGCUUGUAACUUAAGAAUCUGGAUAUUCUAUUUAUUAUAUUCUUAAAUGGUUAUUUGGAAAAUGUGCUCAUUUAUAAAAGUUGCAGUGUCUUUUUAAAGUUUGCUGAAUUAAAUGAGGCAUAUCGUCAA